AUGAACGACAGUCAUAUACCCGGAUUAUCAAUGAUAGUUAUGAAUCAACAUCAAAUAUUAUAUCAGGAUAGUUUAGGUUAUGCAGGUUAUAAUUACGAUUCUGAAACGGAUCGUGUUAUUGGAUUUUCAACACAAAAUGAUAAUAUUUAUAUGAUCGGUUCAAUAACGAAAACGAUAACAUGUAUUAGUGUCAUGCAAUUAGUCGAACGUGGAUUAAUUAAUUUAGAUGAUGAUAUUAAUAAAUAUUUACCAUUACCGAUAGUAAAUCCGUAUUAUUCAAAUGAAACAAUAACGAUGCGACAUCUACUGACACAUACAUCAUCAAUUGGUACAACUCAUCCAGGUUUAUCCGUCUUGCCCAACGAUCAGUAUUCAACAAUAAAUUUUACGAAUUUUAUUUAUGGUGCUUUGCUUGAAGGUGGUCCAUUUUACAGCGAAUUUUCCUGGUUGAAAGUCCAUGUUGGAAAAGAAUAUCAUUAUUCAAAUUUAGGGACUAGUUUGGCUGGUCUUAUUGUUGAAAUUGUUAGUAAUAUGGAUUUUAAAGCAUUUACCACAAAAUAUCUAUUUGAACCAUUGAAUAUGUCCAGUGACACAUUUUGGUUGAUUGAUUCAUUAAACACUAGACAAAAACAAUUAUUAACAAAUCAUCAUCUUUUCAAUGCUUCGAUUGAUGAUUUCAGAUUUUUCUUUCCAUUUUUAAAAUUUUCAGAAUUUUUCAUUGAUUCAGAACCAUUGUCAAACAUAAGUUGGAUAAAUGUUACCGAACGAUUUGGAUUAUUAAUGCAUCCUGCAGGUCAGUUGCGUACAUCCGUUACUUCGUUGGCAAAACAUUUAUUAAUGUUUAUCAAUAAUGGAACAUAUAAUGGUAUUCAAAUAUUGAAAUCUGAGACUGUCAAUGAAAUAAAAAAGAUUCAGUUUCAUACAUCGACAUCACUGAAGGUCGGUUUGAUUUACACUUAUUUUGAUUUCAAAAUAACAAAAAUGCGGACUGUACUUGGACAUAAUGGAGGAUUUAUUGGAGUAAAUUCAUGGAUGCUCAUGAAUCCCGAUACAAAUAUUGGUGUUAUUGUCUUAAGUAAUGGAGAUGUUGUGAAUUUUAAUCAGUAUCAGUCCAAUAAAGUUACAACAGCACUAAUAACAAUUACAAACUAUUUGUUUGAUGUUUUUGAAACUACAGCUUAA